UUCAGAAAUCGUUCACGCCUCUGAAUUCUUCAUCUUCUUCUCUCCUCUUCCUAUCCUCUCUCUCCUCGAUCUCUCUCAUCUGUCUCACUGUGCGUCACACGAAAGAUAUCUCUCUCCUCUCUUAUGUCGCAAUCGAGGUCAUUGUCGCGUCACAGAGCAUCGCCAUCUUGUGCGUUCCAGAGAGCGUCGCCUUCCUCCUGGUUCCAGAGAAGUUGCCUUCCUCUUGGUUCCGUCUUCGCCGCCGUCUUCUUUGCCGUCUUCCUCAUUCUUCAUCACUGUUGUCCCCCUUCCGGAAAUUCCCUCCCUAUGAUUUCUGUGAUUUGAAUUAUUAUAGCAUUGGUGUGAUUUUUGUAAUUAGGGUAAUUUAGUUUGAUUUAUGUGAUUUGAUGUUAGUUGUUAAUUUUGACAAAUUGUUGAAUUCUUGUUCCCCCUUCCCCAUCGGAAUCUUCAAAAUCUUCAAAGUUCUUAACAGAUUGUUGGGUUGGGAUUGAGCUCAGGGCAGAUAUGGAUUGGAGGAGGGAGCCAUGAGUCUGAUGAGCUUCCUGGGGAACAGAUUGUUCAGGAGCUCAAGAAGCAGAUCAUCGAUGGAAAGAACAGCAACAUCACUUUUGAGACUUGUCCUUGUUUGGCCAACAACCUUUACUACUCGUGUCCUUCCAUAUCAUGGAAAGACUACGACAGUAAAACCCCCAAACUAUUUCACAAUACACGGUCUUUGGCCUACAAAUUUCUCUUCUCCUUGGCCAAAAUAUUGUUCUAAAAAGCGGAAGGAUUGUUUUAAGGCAAGCUUGUUGACACCAACAUUGAAAGGUCAGUUAGACCGUUAUUGGCCAAAUCUAGAACAAGCAAACGAAAAUACGCAGUUUUGGACAAAGGAAUGGAAAAAACAUGGAACGUGUAGCCUUCAAAGGUUUAAUCAAUUUGAAUAUUUUAGCAAUGCUACAUUUUUUACAAAUUAUUUAGACAUUCUAGGCGAAUUCAAGAAUGUUGGAAUAAUCCCUAGUAAAACUAACACUUAUAGUUACAGUAACAUUGUCAAAGCAAUAAAGACUAAGACUCAUAAGAAACGACCCGAACUUACGUACUUCAUAUAUCAGAGUCAUAUGUUAUUGUGGGAGAUUUACGUGUGCCUCAAUGUUGACUUAACCGAAUAUAUCCCAUGUCCUAAGAGUAAUGUUAUUUUACCUAAAAAAAAUGUCAUUAAAAUACCUGUGUGAUAUUUAUUUGUACCCAAAUACUAUUA